AUGAAGAUAACAUUGCUUGCAUUGGUCCUUCUCAUUGCCUUGACCACAAAGCCAUUGCUUGGUGCAACUGGUGCUGCACCAGAACAAGUGGUUGAUACAUCAGGGAAGAAGCUAAGAGCUGGUGCAAGUUACUACAUUGUUCCAGGCAUUACCCUCACAGAGAGCGGUGAUGAUUGUCCUGAUGUUGUUACUGCAGAUGAUUUCCAAGGCAUACCUUGGACGUUUCUACCUGUUAACACUAAGAAAGGAGUUGUUCGUGUAUCCACUGAUCUUAAUAUCUAUUCCUCUGCGGACAUAGAUUGUUCAAACACAGUGUGGAAGCUUGAUGAUUAUAAUUCUUCAACCAGACAAAGGUUUGUGGACACUGGUGGUGUUUUGGGGAACCCGGGUUCACAAACUAUUAGAAGUUGGUUCAAGAUUGAGAAGUAUGAGGAUGGUUAUAAACUUGUUUACUGUCCAAGUGUGUGCAAAGAUUGCAAUCAUCCAUGCGGUGAUAUUGGAAUUUAUCAGGAUCAGAAUAUUAAACGUCUUGCUUUGAGUUAUGUGCCAUUUACGGUUAAGUUCCAGCAGGCAUAA